AUGAAGGACUCCUCGCUACCAGAAGACGACAAACGAGAUGGUUCCGAGCUGAGGAUACAGCUUAUGUCGUAUGACUCGUACCAGUCGGCACCGUCGUCCCUGGACAAACAGCGAUUCACCUUGAACAAUAAACCGUAUAGUGGCAAUAGCACUGCAUUUAAUCAGGUCCCUGUGAUCAGGGUCUACGGCAAGCUGACUACGGGCCACACAUGCCUUCUACACAUUCACAAUGUUUUUCCAUACCUGUAUGUGCAGUAUAGGGGCCCCACAUCGGACGAGAAGAAGAUUGACGAGCAUCUAUUAAGCUGGAAGAACGAGAUAGACAUGCAGAUCUAUCAAUCGUUUAGGUUUCGUCCCAGAAAAAAACCCAAACCAGCCGCUAACGAGGGGGCGACGACCGAUCUGGAGGACAUGGACGAUGUCAACGACGACGAGGACGAAUUUGACGACGAGGAAGUGGACAUCGGCGCCGGAAAAACGUAUGUUGCAGACAUAUCCCUUGUGAAGGGCAACUCUUUUUACGGGUACCAUUUUGGCUUUUCGCCAUUCAUAAAAAUCAGCCUUGUAAGUCCCCGGCACGUCAAAAGGCUUGAGAGACUGCUCGGAGAGGGAAAACUGUUUGGCAAAGUGGUGCAACCGUUCGAAGCCCAUAUCCCGUACAUGUUACAGUUUCUGACUGAUUACAAUUGUUUUGGCUGCAACUGGAUUUAUCUUGAGAAAGCAUUUUGGAGAUCUCCUUUGGUUCUGACACAGGGUCAUCUGGAUGCGUUCCAGGACUACUUCGAGACCGAUUUCGCUAGCCUGAACCAGGUCAAGGUCACUCCUGAGGUGAAGACAGAAAUAGCCCGCCAUUUGACUCGUGACAUGUUCAGUGUCAAUGUGCUUUUAUCUGAAAAGUAUCCGCGGAUGGGCCGGGUGUUUUGUGAGCUCGACACAUCCGCCGUCUGGCUCAAAAACAGAUUAACGUGCAAAGAGCGAGAUGUUCACUCAAAACUAUCUUUUGAUAUUCCCGAAAGCCAGGACGGAGACAGCUGUAUUUACUCGAUCAAGAGCCUGCUAGGUGACUUAGAGUACCAGCGGCGGCAGAGAAACAUGUCUUCCCAGGCCAACAUCAAGCUCUUCAGCGGAGGAAAGCGUGACUUUACCGGAACCACCUGGAUAGAGCAGGACGAGCUGAACGAGCUGCUUGCGUACUGUGUUGAAGAGUCCAAGAAGGAGUGGAGCCGCCUGCAUCCAAAGCAUACUCUGGAACCGGACAACGUGGUACCCAGAAAUGACUGGCUAAAAAAGUAUAGCACCAGCUUCCAAAGCAUUAACCAGUUCCACCGGCCGCAGGUUCCCGAGAGCCAUCUGCUCAGGGUUCCCGAGGACCUGAUUCUGCACGAGUCUCAGAUCUGCGACUGGCUGCUUGAAAAGGAUACAGAGCCGGUCGUUGCGAGUACACAGGAUGUCUCGAACGUCGACGCUCUCUCCGACGCGUCGGACUCUUCGUCGGACGAGACGGAGCACGAAGACGAUUUUCUGGGCAGUAUACCCCAUAUCCAGGAGAAGCUGGGGCUUAUAGAUGGCGAAAGCUCGGGUACGGCUGCUACUGAGGAGACAAACACGGACGGAGCUCAGAGUUCUGACUCCACGAACCUGGAUUUGCGGAUAUUCGAGCAGACACAAGCUGCUAGAAGACAUAGCGACGAGACCAACACCAGUGCAGAAACAAAGCACGAUACACAGAUUGACAAUCCGGCCAUCAAACUGGACGCUUCAGAAGAGCUGUUUGAGCUGACUAUGCCGGCGCCGACGUUCCCAAGUUUUGACGCCAUGAUGAGAAGCUUCGAGGACCAUGCGAUGCUCAAGAUAGAUUAUCUCGAUCCAUAUUACAGCUCAAGGACCGGAUAUAGCGAGGCACCGGAGUAUUUUGCCGGCCGCAAGUUCCAGAUCAAGUGUCUUGAUCUCCAGGGUCUCAAAGCGUACGACGUUGCUACGAAAACCACCUCGAACUCCGUCCAUAUAGCUGGAGACGGAGUAGCGAGUAUCUGGAGUUACCGAGAGCGCGCGCCGUCGUACGAAGAUGUCCUUCGAUGGUCUGUCGAGCACCCGGACCCUAUCAAGACUCGGUCGCAGCUGCUUAGGUCCCAGAUCGACCAGGCAACGCAGAACAUGAAGGGAUACAAGGCCCCGUCUUUCCAGUCUCCUAUUGUGCGCAAAGCAAACAAUUUUAACAAGCUGAUUGUGCUGAACAUGGAGCUGCACGUUAACACUCGCGGAGACCUGUUUCCGGACCCACUAAAGGACGAGGUCAGGGCGAUUUUUUGGUCUUUUGACGAUCAAAACUAUCCAAUCGACCUUGGGAUUGCGGGAUCCGGGGUGUUUGUCGUCAACUCCCACGAAAUUACACGAAAGCAAAUCGGCUUUCCUGUGCAGACUUUCAUAAGUGAGAUUGACAUGGUGAGAGAGCUGAUUUCCCUGGUUGAAUUCGUGGAUCCAGACAUUCUCUCAGGAUACGAAAUUCACUCCGCUUCCUGGGGAUAUAUGCUGGAAAGGUUUCGAAAAGUGCAUAAAAUGGACCUGGGUGUGCGGUUGUCCAGAGUGGCCACCAAACAGCUGAACAAGCUGAACGACCGAUGGGGCUAUACGCAUGCCUCUGGAAUAAAAAUCACAGGCAGACACAUGCUGAAUCUAUGGCGACCAUUGAGAAAAGAGCUGAGUAUCAACAGGUACUCCCUGGAAAACGUGGUAUGGCACACUUUGCACAUCAAGAUUCCGCACUACGACCACAAAGUCCUGACGCAGUGGUUUCUUUCCAAAAAUCCGGGAAAUCUCAGCAAUCUUGUAGAGUACUACAUGUCCAGGCUGCACUGGCAGAUGAAACUGAUCGAUAAGAUGGAAAUCAUCGAGAGGACUGUGGAGGAGUCGCGGUUUUUGGGAAUCGACUACUACUCGGUGUUCUACCGCGGGUCGCAGUUCAAAGUGGAAAGUCUUCUAGUGCGUCUAGCAAAGGCAGAGAAUUUCAUUCUCAUUUCUCCGUCGAAGAAACAGGUUUUCAAACAGGACCCGCUCCAGGUGAUUCCCCUCAUCUUGGAACCCGAAAGCUCGUUCUACAAGAGUCCGUUGCUUGUCCUAGAUUUCCAGUCGCUGUAUCCGUCCUUGAUAAUUGCCCAUAAUUUGUGCUAUUCCACGUUACUUGGCAGACUACAGGGUUAUGACCCUAAAAAGACACAAACCAUAGGAAUCACGUCCUGGAAAUUACCACCUGGGCUCCUGAAGUUGUUUGAGAAACACAUCACUGUCACGCCAAACGGACUUAUGUUCUUGAAGCCAAACGUUAGAAAAUCUGUCCUGGCCAAGAUGCUGAGCGAAAUUCUGGAUGCACGCAUUCUCGUGAAAGAUACCAUGAACGGCCUCAAAGACGAUUCAGAGCUCUACAAACUCUACAAUAACAGACAACUGGCGUUGAAACUGAUUGCCAACGUCACAUACGGGUACGCCUCUGCGACGUACUCGGGCAGAAUGCCCAACUCGGCCAUAGCAGACGCUAUAGUCUCUGCUGCACGAGAAACACUGCACAGCGCAAUAAGCGAGAUCGAGAAGAACGAAAAAUGGGGCGCCAAAGUGGUAUACGGAGACACAGACUCGUUGUUUGUGUAUCUUCCGGGAAAGAGCAAGGCGGACGCAUUCAAACUAGGCCGCGAAAUAUCGAACCACAUCACCUCUAUGAACCCGUCUCCCGUUCGUCUGAAAUUCGAAAAGGUAUACUUUCCAUGUGUGCUAAUUAGCAAGAAAAGAUACGCGGGAUACGCUUACGAGCACGAAGACCAAGAAACGCCCAAGUUCGAUGCCAAGGGUAUAGAAACUGUGCGACGCGACGGAGUGCCUGCCCAGCAAAAAAUGGUGGAGAAGUCGCUUCGCCUACUGUUUGAGACCAAAGACCUCACCAAAGUGAAGCAAUACGUGAAUCUGCAAUUCCUCAAAAUCAUGCAGAACAAGGCCAAUUUGCAGGAUUUCUUGUUUGGCAAGGAAAUUAGACUGGGGUCAUACAAAAAUCCGACUUCUGUCCCUCCAGGUGCUCGCAUCACAAUGAAGAAGGUUGCCGAAGACCCUCGCGCCGAGCCCCAGUAUAGGGAAAGAGUGUUCUACAUGGUCGCCAAGGGAUAUAAAGACCAACUGCUUCGUGAUCGAUGCAUGGCUCCAAGAGAUUUUAUAGCUAACGGAAAUCUCGAACUGGAUGCAUUCUAUUAUAUCACUAAAGUGCUUAUACCCCCACUCCAACGGAUAUUCAACCUCUGCGGCGUCGAUGUCAAUAAAUGGUUCGAUGAGCUUCCGCGGAAUCUGAUUGCCCCGAACUUGGAUCAACUGAAUUUUAAAACACCUUUUGUCAACAGCGCCAGGUGUGUUAAUUGCAAUACUGUGAUUCAAAAAGCGCUAGGCAGAGCAGGCAAGCUGUGUCGCGAGUGUAGCACCAAUGAGCUGCAGACAAUCGCUCACAUGCGCUCGCGCGUGCGUGCGAAGGAAUCCCAAAUGGAUGACACAUUGUUAGUCUGCAAGCAAUGUACCAAACGGAGUAUGCGAAAUAACAACUCACCGCUUUCCACUGCGCUGGCAUGUACCAAUGAGGAUUGCUCUGUUUUCUACGAUCGAAUCAAAGCGAUCCGUCAAACGGAGAAAACAAUGGCAGCUUACGCUGAGUACCUCGGUUGGUGA